AUGGGUGCAGCCAUGUUUGGGAACCCCGGUUGUUGCGGCUCCCUUUUCCGUAUCAUCCUUCAUCUAGUGAUUUGUUUGUUAACCCUAUAUACGUUGAAUGCAGAAUGUAAAAGCGAGCCAGUGAAGGGAGAGGGGAAGGACCUCCUGUAUAAGUACAAGCUAUAUGGGGACAUUGAUGAGUAUGCUUAUUAUUUUCUAGACAUAGGUAUUGGAACCCCGGAGCAGAAAAUUUCAUUAAUAUUAGACACAGGAUCAUCCUCCUUGAGCUUCCCUUGUGCAGGGUGCAAGAAGUGUGGGGUUCAUAUGGAAAACCCUUUUAACCUGAAUAACUCAAAAACGUCUUCGAUUCUAUAUUGUGAGAAUGAGGAAUGUCCUUUUAAUUUGCGUUGUGUGAAUGGGAAAUGUGAAUAUCUUCAGUCGUAUUGUGAAGGUUCCCAAAUCAGUGGGUUCUACUUUUCAGAUGUAGUUAGCGUGGUGUCAUACAACAAUGAAAAGGUCACGUUCAGGCAAUUUAUGGGUUGCCAUAUGCAUGAGGAGAGUCUGUUCCUGUAUCAGCAGGCGACUGGUGUGUUGGGGAUGAGUCUCUCUAAGCCACAGGGCAUCCCAACGUUCGUCAAUUUGUUAUUUAAAAACGCCCCGGAACUGAAGGAGGUGUUCACCAUUUGCAUCGCCGAACAUGGGGGCGAGCUGAUCGCAGGGGGGUAUGACCCAGCCUACAUCGUGCGCAAGGGGGGGGAUCCGAAGCAACUGGAUGGGUCAUCUGCUGAUGAGGAAGAGUUACAAAUGGCACUACGAGAUGCAGAAAAAACCGUGUGGGAAAAUGUAACCAGGAAGUAUUACUACUACAUACGGGUGAGAGGCAUGGACAUGUUCGGAACGAACAUGAUGAGUUCAAGCAAAGGGCUCGAGAUGCUUGUGGAUUCAGGUAGUACAUUCACGCACGUUCCAGAAGACCUGUAUAACAAAUUAAAUUACUUCCUAGACAUCCUGUGCAUUCAAGAUUUGAAUAAUGCCUAUGAUGUGAAUAAAAGGUUAAAGAUGACCAACGAGUCCUUUAAACAUCCGUUGGUCCAAUUCGAGGACUUUAAAAAUUCUUUAAAAAGUAUUAUUGAAAAGGAGAACGUGUGUAUUAAAAUUGUAGAAGGAGUGCAGUGUUGGAAAUACCUCGAAGGGUUACCAGAUCUGUUUGUAACUCUGUCGAACAAUUACAAAAUGAAGUGGCAACCACAUUCGUACCUCUACAAGAAGGAAAGCUUUUGGUGUAAGGGUAUCGAGAAACAAAUAAAUAAUAAGCCCAUAUUAGGGUUAACUUUUUUUAAAAACAGACAAGUCAUAUUUGAUAUUCAAAAGAAUAGGAUCGGGUUUGUGGACGCGAAUUGUCCUUCUCAUCCGACCCAUACGAGACCUAGAACCCAUAAUGAGUACAAAAGGAAGGACAAUGUGUUUUUAAGAAUUGCUUUUUUUUCCUUGUACAGCCUGUUUGUCGUCUUUGCCCUUUGCAUUUUUCUCUCCUUGCUGUUUUACGUCAAGCGGCUGUACUACAUGGAGUACAACCCGCUGCACUCCGAGGGGAAGGCCCCGGCCGACGCGUAG